AUGGGCAAUUGCAUAGAUCUAAUGUUGUCACAGCCACAGAAGAAGAUUAGAGUUUUAAUUCUUGGUGGAGGAGAAGCAGUGUUCAAGGCCUCGACAACGGUUAAAAAGAUCACCUCUGGCCUUUACCAUGGCUAUAAGCUUGUACACCAUGCCCAGCCUUACCUACCAUUGCCACCGGAUGCCAAGCUAGAAGUCGGGGAGGUUUACUAUCUUGUGCCUGAGUUGCGACAACAUUUUAGCCCUCCACUUUACCAGAAAGUGGUUGACGAAAGUAGUCGCAGACGCUGGAAAGUAAAAAUUGUGUUGACAAGGCAGCAGUUGGAGUUGAUGUUGAGAAGUGGAAAGAAGUUUCAAUUUAAACAAAAGAUAGCUCAGUCUUCUUGGUUGAAAGAAGAGUGUGAGAAAUGGCGGCCACUUUUAGCUACCAUUCCAGAAUAG